AUGUCCUUGGACGAAUUAAAGCAGCAACGUGCUAAUACAAAGAAAAACAUCUCGCGUAUCAAAAACAUAGUGGAUGCUAGUUUACGACCAGGUGGGAAAACGCUUUCAGCUGCCGAAUAUAAAUGCCGUUUGGGCAUUCUUGAAUCCUAUUUUAAACAGCAAAUAAUUGACAAAGAAUAUAGUCUCUCUAAUAUCGAAAAAUUCAAUCAUUUGCGAAAUUCACUCCAAGGUCAGGCUUUAGAAACAGUAGAUGCAUUUCAGGUGACCAACGAAAAUUACCCCAAGGCAUUGGAAAGGCUGAAGGCAAGGUACGACAACAAAACUUUAAUUUUUUUGGAAAAUAUUUCUUCCCUGUUUGAAUUGCCAGCAGUCUCGAAACCAAAUGCCUUGCAAUUGAGAAGUCUUAUCGACAAGGCUUCGGCAAUUUACGGGUCACUUCUGUCUUUGGGUAGUGAUAGGCAUAUAGUUUUGCAGAAAUCAGAUGAACAAACAAACAGGAAGUGGAAGGAGUCAUUGGAUUUUAAGACGCUGCCGACGUGGGAUGACUGUGUGAAGGUGUUGGAGAGGAAUUGCCAAUAUUUGGAAUCGAUCGACAAUGCAUCCGGUUUUCAGGGAACGAGCAAAGCCACCCCAAAUAAGGCAAGAAAUCAGGCCAAAGGUUACUCAUUUUCUUGCUCCAGUACGCCGUGCUCUGUUUGUUCGAGCCCAGGUCACAAAGUUGCUAGCUGCGAUCGGUUCAAAACCUUCAACACUAACCAGCGCUUCGAGCACGCAAAGAAAAUGGGGCUCUGCAUAAAUUGCCUGUCCAAAGGGCAUCAAAUGGCUCAGUGCCCAUCAUCCCAUAGAUGCAAGGUUUGCUCGAAACAGCAUCACAGCUUACUUCAUCGUGGGUCUCCGCCAGCCCAACAAGCAACAAAUUCUCUGUCAUCAGCACGCGAUGCCGCAGUGCACACACACAUGCAAAAAUCGUCAGCAGACAACAUAAUCCUAGCAACCGCCAAGAUUUUAGUUCGCGACUCGUCGGGUGAUUACAGAUUAGGCAAAGCCCUACUGGACUCCUGGUCUCAGGUAAACUUCAUUACUGAAGAAAUUUCUCAAAAAUUAUCACUACCUAAAAUCAAAGAAAAUAUUGAAAUCCAAGGCAUCGGUAAGUCGUCAAUAAAAUACAAAACCUCCACUAACAUCAAAUCGCAGUUUAAGGAAUUUGAACUUCCGCUAACGCUUUGCAUUACUCCUCACAUUGCCUAUCAUCCAGACCCAGAAAUUGAUGUUUCAUCUUGGAAUAUCCCAAACAAUAUUGCCCUUGCUGACGACGAAUUUUUCGUAGCAAAGAAAAUUGACCUAUUGUUGGGUACGGAGACUUUCUUCAGCCUUUUGGCAGUCGGCCAAAUUAAACUUGGAACAAAUUUACCAAUUUUGCAAAAAACUCUAUUAGGAUGGGUUGUAUCGGGACGUUACCAAUCAAACAACAAGUUAUCGCAAUGUUCGUAUUUAUUUACAGCCAAUGACUCGUUGGAUGCCAAACUGGAGAAGCUGUGGAAAAUUGAAGAAGUUGCCGUUAAUGCAGAACCUUGGACUCGUGAACAAACCACUUGUGAGAAUUUGUACAAAAGCACAGUUUCAAGGAAUCCAGCUGGCAGAAUAAUUGUGAAGCUGCCCUUCAAAGAUGAUCCCUCUUGCCUAGGUGAUUCGUAUACCACAGCAUUGAGACGUUUUAACUCACAAGAACGUCGCUUAGCAAAAUCGCCACAGUUGAGAGAGCAAUAUGUGAGCUCUAUGGAUGAAUACGAGCGCCUGGGACACAUGAGCGUCGUGCAGAUUCCAAACCUCAACGAACCGCAUUAUUAUAUCCACCACCACUGUGUGUUGAAGCCCUCAAGUACAACAACAAAACUUCGUGUCGUCUUUGAUGCUUCUUGCCGCACUACCACACAAAAAUCUCUCAACGACAUUCAAAUGGUUCAAAUUUGCGUUGACCGCCGAUAUAGUUAAAAUGUACAGACAAGUACUAAUGCAUGAAAGCGAUAGAAAGUUUCAGUAUAUUUUGUGGAGGAGCUCACAAGAUGAAGAAAUUCGCACGUACCAACUCAAUACGGUAACCUACGGAAUGGCUUCUGCACCAUAUUUAGCUAUUCAAAGCCUGGUUUACUUGGCUG